GAGCAUUCGUCCUGCCUCGCCCCCACGUCCCUGGGCUGCUGGUGACUGGUGAAGAUGGGAUGGGGAAAUCGCGGGGCCUCUCCUGCCCUUUUCCUUUGGGAUAUCCCCGCUGCCCAACUUUCCAAGGGAUUUCCCAUCUCCCGGAGUCCUGCCCUCUGCUCCGGGAGCAGCGGGGUCAGUUUAAUGAGUUAACGCUGGCGCAGCAGUUCUGGAGGGGUAAGUGCUGUGUAAGCACUGAGGCUCUCGUUUUGGGCUUCCAGCAGCCCGGCUCCGCUGCCCAGAGCACCGAUAACCGCCCGGGGCACAAAGGGCCGGCUCAGACCGACCCCUGAGGGCAGAGGGGACUCUGUGAGGGGACGGUGAAACUCCAGCCUUGGAGUGAGGCAACUCAAGUGGCCGAGGGGCCGGUGAGGGCAGGGGCAGUCUCUCGGCAUGGCUCGGCCAGGCAGGAUUUUUGGGAGGGAGCCCCGGGCUGAGGAGCUGCCCAUCUUUUCCCGUGACAGGAGCAGGACGGCAGCGUGGGUGCCCGUGAGGACACUCCGGCAGUGCCCAUCUCGGUGCUGUGCUCCCGGAGCCAGCCAAGCUGCAACUAACACACGGGGCAAGGCCAUCCAGAGGCACAUCCUGCAGAGCCAGUGCUACCUGGCUUGGGGUCCGGGCACAGCCUGUGAGGGCAGUCCUGAAGGUCCACAACCUCGGCAUUUUCUCUGCUCAAGUUCGUGUUAAAGAUGGGCGUGAAACAGUUCCCAGCAGCCUCCCUGGCCCGGGGCCGCGGAGCCUCCACUGAAGCUGGGAUAGCUCAGCACUGGCAGAAGCUUCAUAACACAGAUUGGGAGCCCCCAACACCCCAGGCCCUCCCGGACGCUGUUUGACAUGCGCCUCUUGCACGGGAGGUGCCGGAGAGAUCCACGGAACGUGCAGGACGCGGGGAGCGGUGUUUUAGGGGGAGGAAGGCUUCGUGUGCAGCCUGGAGCUGGGGUGGCCAGGCGAGCCGCUGUCUGUGCCGGUGCUGGCAGCCAGCCGGGCUCGGCGGGACACAGACCUGCAUCCUCCCCGUCCGUCCGUCCCGCUGUCUCCUCCCAGCUGUAAGCCCACAAGGAGUGGCAGCUGGGGGCUAUAUAAAGGCAGAGAAACCUCAGCCAGCUCAAAAGAAAGUCUUGGAGCUGGUGGUGUUCUCCCUCCCUCCUGCCUUCACGUGAUUCAGCUUCCCCACGCCGGGACAAGCCUCGCUGUACGAGAUGGCUGCCGGCAGCUGCCUCCUUCUCCUCCUUCUGCCCUCGCUGGUCACAGCCUCACACAAUCCUCCUGGCUGCAAGAUCCGGAUUACUUCCAAGGGGCUGGACCUGGUGAAGCAGGAGGGGCUGCGCUUUGUGGAGCAGGAGCUGCAGAACAUCACGGUGUCAGACCUGCAUGGGAAUGAGGGGCACUUCCAGUACAACAUCAGCCAGGUCAAGGUGACAGACCUGCAGAUGGCCUUUUCAGACCUGAACUUCCAGCCCCAGCAGCACCUUGUCUUCAACAUCAACAAUGCUUCCAUUAGCUUACGCUUCCGCAGGCAGCUGCUCUACUGGUUCUUCUAUGACAUUGGGUCCAUCAAUGCCUCUGCGGAUGGUGUCUACAUCUACACAAUGCUGCAGCUGGCCAAGGAUGAGGCUGGACGCCUCAAGAUCUCCAAUAUGACCUGCGACGCCUCCAUAGCCAGAAUGCAUGCCGGCUUCUCCGGCACGCUCAGGAAGGUCUAUGAGUUCCUGAGCACCUUCAUUGUCUCGGGGAUGCGCUUCCUCCUCAGCCAGCAGAUCUGCCCAUCCUUGGAGCAUGCCAGCCUGGUGCUGCUGAACUCUUUGCUGGACACAGUGCCUGUGAGGAACUACGUGGAUGAGCACAUUGGGAUUGACUACUCCCUCCUACGGGAUCCAUCCAUCUCCACUGACACCCUUGACCUUGACUUCAAGGGCAUGUUCUUCCCCCGGGUGAGAGAGGACCAGGAACUGGAGAACCAUGCGGUGGAGCCGGUGAUCAAGGAGACCGAACGCAUGGUUUAUGUUGCCUUCUCUGAGUACUUCUUCGACUCAGCCAUGCACUCGUACUUCCAGGCAGGAGUGCUGACCAUAGAGCUCCAGGGGGAGAAGGUGCCCAAGGACCUGGAGGUUUUGCUGAGAGCCACAUUCUUUGGGACCAUCUUCAUGCUGAGCCCUUCUGUGGAUGCUCCGCUGCAGCUCGUGCUGCAGGUCUCUGCUCCUCCACGCUGCACCAUCAAACCUUCGGGGACCUCAGUCUCUGUCUCUGCUUUCCUGAACAUCUCACUGGUGCCCCCAGACCGCCCACCUGUCCAGCUCUCCAGCAUGGCCAUGGAAACCAAGCUGAGUGCCAAGGUGUUUCUGCAAGGGAAGGCACUGCGCGUGCAGCUGGACCUACGACGGUUUCGCAUCUAUUCCAAGCAGUCAGCACUGGAGUCGCUUGCGCUGUUCUCACUGCAGGCCCCACUGAAGACCCUGCUGCAGCUGACCAUCAUGCCCAUCAUUAACGAGAGGACAAAGAAGGGCGUGCAGAUCCCACUGCCCGAAGGCAUGGACUUCACCAGGGAGGUAGUCACCAAUCAUGCGGGAUUCCUCACGGUGGGAGCUGAUCUCCACUUCUCCAAGGGGCUUCGGGAGGUGAUUGAGAAGUACCGCCCAGUGCCGACUGCCACUGCCUACUCCAGCUCCCAGCCCACAGAGACCAGCCUGGACCCCAGCUCACUCUAGCUCUCCUCUCUGGACCAAGGGCAGAUCCUGGGCUGGACCCAUAGACCAUAGGUAGGAAGCAGCUUCCCUGGUACCACCAGCAUAGUGUCAGGGCAUCCAGGCCCUGGCGGGGCGCAGCAAGGUGGAGAGGGUGCUCUGGGAACCCCUGCUGCACCCCUGCUCAUUACACUAAUAAACCACCUGACUCCAA